GCUGCAUGUGGACCUCGUGUUAAGAGUAGUGACCGACCCUUGUGUUUGUAAUUGUUCUUAAUUCGUUUGAAUCAACAGGUAGUAUAACUUGCAUCUUAUUGAUGUGGGCACAAGUAUCACGAACAUGCCCUUGGCAUACAGAUACUUGCCUCAAUAAAAAUUCUCUUUUUAACAGUUCCAAUAUCCCUAUGAAAGAUUGGAUACCUCAAUCAGGUCGCUUUUUGCAGGAAUGGAAUCUAAAGACGAAUUGAAUUUAAUACUUCGUGGUCUUUUAAUAUCAAAUCCAAAAGUAACAAAGGCCAGUAUAUUACAAGCAGAAUUUUUAGAAAUUGAAGGAAAACAUUUUCCUUACCGACAGCUUGGAUUUUUAUCAUUUCUUGAUUACCUCAGGUCUAUACCAUCUGUAGUUACGUUGGUACCAUUUGGUUCUGAAAAUCCAGAUGUGCUUCCAGUUGCAACGAAAGCAUCCAGUCACAUUGACAAACUAGUUUUAAAGCAACUAAGUAAAGCACCGAAAAAAAGUAGUUCGACAUUUUAUAGCAUACGUGGUGGAUACAAUGGAAGACCUAGAAGAAGACCUCCUUGUGGAAUACCUGAUCACUACAAAUUAAGCCACCAAGAGUCACCAGACGUCUCGUAUUCAGGCACAAUAGAUGAUUAUAAUUUAAUAAGAAGUGAAAAGGACUUUGGUGAUUUUGAGCUAGAUUUCAAUAAUGAAGAUAUUUGGGAGUCUGAGUCUGAAGAAUUAUUGAGUAACUGCACAAUCAAACACAAUUUUGAUUCUACAUUUGAUUCACAAAAACACCAAAUAGAGAGGUAUGAUGAAACACAGCAAGAGCCUGAGAUUUAUUGUAGUAUUAGUGAUGCAAUGAUAAGAAACUUCAAAACCAUUUUAGAGAAACAUCCUCAUGGGAUUGGGGCGACUGAUGUACCUCAAUUGUAUAAGAGUGACAUUAGUUCAGUGUUUGUACCUGAAAAUGUACUGAAACCUAACCAGAUAAUUGGGUUUGAAGAAUUACCCCAACCUAAGAAGGAUCGUGCCGCCAAUGAACCUUUGUUCGAGAUUGAAGUGCGAUUAGGUGAAGUUAUCUCCCCUUCCAUGUUUUUUAUCAUGCUAGAUUCCAAGUACAAUGAUCUUCAAAUCAUGAUGGAUGACUUAGACAAAUUCUAUAAAUUGGAACAAGAUCUCUUCAGAAUACCUUUAUCAGCGAUCACGUUAAAUCUUAUUUGUGCCUGUGAAUAUGAAGGUAGCUGGCACAGAGCCAAAGUAACAGCGUUCAAAUCUAACAACACCAUUGAGAUUGAAUACAUUGAUUAUGGUACUCCAGCAACUGUAAAACAAUCUGAUUUACGAUAUUUACAAAAUGAAUUUGCAAAACUACCAGCACAAGCUAUUUAUGCAAAACUAAUUGGAAUCCAGCCAGUAGAUGGAAAGAAGUGGCCGAAAGAAGUAUGUGCUGAAUUCUUACAUCUUGUAUCGGAUAGAAGGCUGUUUGCUGAAGUAUUCAAUAUAAGCUACAGUGCUUCAAGGGGCCGAAUGCAACUGGAAAUUAUACUCCAUGACACAUUGAGAACAGAUGCUUUUAACUUCAAUGAUUAUUUUGUUCUUGUCAGAAAAUCAGCCAUGUUUGGAUAUGAUGACAACAAGUCAUUUGUACCAAGUGAGAAUACUGACUACGCUGGAACUUCAAGUCAAUGUAGUUAUCCAACAAACAUCCCGAGUUACACUACCACUCCUUUCUCUGGUUACAACACUCAGGCUUCUCACAACAUCUCUAAUCACACUAACAAUCCUUUCUCUGGUUACGACACUCAGGCUUCUCACAACAUCUCUAAUCACACUAACAAUCCUUUCUCUGGUAACAAUACUCAGCCUCCUCACAUGCAAAUCAAUAAUUUUCCUAGUUCUUUUUAUGUAACUCCCCAGAUGUUUGGAGGACAAAAUAUUCCUUAUAUCAAUCAAAAUUCUUUAUAUAAUAUGCUUAAUCCUGCUUUACCUUCCAUUCCUCCUUCUCCAAUUUCCCCUCACUCCUCCUUAAUGUUUCCCUAUGAAGCAAAUAUUUCUCAUAAAAAUGUUAACAUUUCCUCCAAAGAACCAAAUGUUAUUUCUCAACCCCUUGUUAACCCAAUAUUGGAAGGAAAUUACAACAGAUUGAAUAGUGGAAAUAAAAUUCAGUUUGAUUAUUGUGAAAAAUCUCAUAUACCAGUGAAUUUUCCAGGGUCGAACAAUGGUUUACCCUUGCCACAGGCCCUCUCCCAACAAGAGAUGAGCAAUACAUUUUUCCAACCCCUCCCCCAACAAAGGUAUAAUAGUGGCUUGCCCUUGUCACAGACCCUCCCACAACAAGGGUUACACAGUGGUUUGCCUUUAUUACCACUUCUACCCCAACAAGGAUUCACUACUGACCUUGGCCUACCCUUGUCACAACCUCUUACCACCCAACACAAUGUCAACAACUUGUGCCCACCAGUUUCCCACAGCUCGCUGUCCAAACAGAAUGCCAUCACUGUCAGUGCUCAUAAGAAUAGGCCUCAGUCAUCGCCAGUUAUUCUACCAAUUCAGGAUGAAAUCCAUGCCAAAAGACCCCUUACACCUCAAUCUUCAUUAUCAGCAGAAAUUUCAAAUUUUUCCAUAGAUGAUGAUUCUGAAAAGUGUGAUAAUAAAAAUCAAGAAAUUGAACUGAAAGAAAUAAGUGUUAAAUCAUCUUCAUUGGUUGAAGUUGAAAAUUCAUGGAAUGAUAUACAAGGUGUGAACUCUGGAAGAAGUCAUGUACAAGAAAUAAAGGAAAGUUGUGUAAAUAGUGUAACACAAAAUAAAAAGUUGUCAAAGCCAAAUCAAUUUCAUAACCCAGUAAAUCUUGAAGUUUCCAAUGACUUAAAGCAGAAAGAUGUUCAUAGUGCAGAUACCAGCAGUAAAUUAAAAUAUUGUAAAGUAAAAAAAUCAGAACCUUUGAAUUUACUUAGUGAAAAGGCACAUGUAGACAUUGACAAUGAAAAUAUAUCAGGCAGCUGGGAGGAUAUUUUGUCAGAUGACAUCCCAGCCAAAGCUGAUAAUUUCGUUGAAGAUUUUAAAAAGCCACUGGACUUAAUAUUCAGUGAAAAAUGUAAGAUACAACUGAAAUCAACCAUCCAACAUGACAAUUCAAUGUUUAAUAAUAUUGUUGAAAACAAUUUAUUAUUCACAAAACCAAAUAUGACCCCCAUUAACUGGAAGGAUGUGUUUGUUCCGGAUAGUAUCAGUAUAACAAGGUUUAAUAGAAAUAUUAAAAAUGAAAUGUGUUCAAGAAUAGAUAAAGAAAGGAUGAAGAAAAAUCUAGUUCAGAAAAUAGAUAUAGACAACAAGUUCUUCCAUUUGAUACUUGUAAAAAAUAAGCUGGCAAUCAUUUGUAAAGAGUUUUUUCACCAGUAUACAAAUGUAUAUUUUCACGUCAUACACAAAUUAGUGGAAUUAAAGGAAAAACCGUUUCCAUUUGUUAAAAAGACUGAAGAACCAGAGUUAUUUUCUAAGCUUGCACAAGUUGAUUUCUGUGGAGGUAUGGAAAAAGGUGAUAUAUUCAGAUUGAAUAAAAUCAGUAUUGCAUAUUUAUCAGAUGUACCUGAAGUUUUGAGAAUUCUAAAAAUUAAUAAUGAAGUAUUACUAGAGGAAUUAAAGAAAAUAUCCAAACACUUUGGUUGUUAAAUUGUGAUUACUACUUAAUAUUAGAAAUGCAAGAAAAAAUCGAGAGGAAUGAAAAACUUAAGAAAGUGGGUCUUUCCAUAGAAUUAGAAACAUACCCCUUGUUCUUGUAAAUAUGAUUUGUUAUUAUCCUAUAGAUUUGUCAGCUAUAUUCAAUAUUUUAUUACUAAAAUAGUUGUAAUAAUGUAGAUUUCAAUUUGGAUGUAGAUUUCUAAAUUUAUUGUAUUUGUAUUGCAGCAUUUUUUUGUGAUAUUGUAUUGUUUGUCAUUUUGUUUAUCAUGUUACAAUUUAUUGUAUUAUUUAUCA